AUGACCAAAUCUGUUCGUAGACAGCAACAAAAAGAGAAAGCUAGACGACACCUUGAGGAUGGUACACGCAUAGUAUCCGCGACACCCUCAAUAGACGGAUCAGAUGUGACGGUAUUAACCAAAGAAACGGAGAAAGAAAUGGUAGAGAUUAUCAAGCAUACUCAUCAUGCCGGCUCAGCAAAUUGUGUCAAAGUCAAAGUAUUCGGUCAAAUCGGAGCGCACUGCUUUCCCUACCACACAACCUGGUGUCCCAACUGCGAUACCGCUUCUAUCAAGGCUGAAUUAACCACCAUGCUGAAUCAUAAUUCCAACUUUCUAACCAGAUUUGGCAAAUUUAAUCUUGAGACCCUGAUGAUGCAUAAGCGUUCGAUCGAUACGUACGAUGUGGCUCUGAAUUCGGAUAUUGAAAAGAUCAAGGAGUUGAUUCCGGCAAUGAUCCAAUGCGGCGGAAACAUUCGCUUGAAAACUACUUUUGUUGCUGAAGAGUGGGCUACUUGGGCAUUCUUGGGACUGGCCAGCGCGUUAGGCACCGCUUUGUGUGUCCUACUGACUGAACUGUCACCAUCAAAUCUUCUUCUUUUCCUCUUUGGGAUCAUCGUCGCAAGAGUGUUUUGA